UUUAGAAUGACGGAAAUAAAUUUUGUGCCAACACCCUCUCUCUAACGUGGCAGAAUAUUCAAAUAUGGCAAACGGAGGUGGAGGGGCAGGUCCCCAGGGAGAACUACAGCUUCUAGAACGUGUAUUUCUACGUCUUGGUGUGGCGGAUACAGAUGAUCAACUUCAGGAAGCUGUUUCUAAGUUCCUCCCUCCGGUUCUCCUUAAGCUCAACAGUCAGAACGAGGGCGUGAGGAAGAAGGUAAUGGAGCUCCUGGUUCACAUCAACAAGAGGAUCAAGAACAACAACAAUAUCCAACUCCCAGUUGAGUCUUUGCUCCUACAAUACCAGGAUCCUUCUGCCACCUCCUUUGUAGUUAACUUUACCAUCAUUUACAUCAAGAUGGGGUUUCCGAGAUUAACCCUGGAGAAGCAAGUAGAGUUAAUCCCUAGUGUCUUGGCGGGUAUAGAAGCUAAACCAACUAGUCACCAGGAUUCCCUGUUGCUAAUGCUGAUGCCAGUUCUGGGCGAGGUUGCUAAGCAUCCCCCUGGAGACCCGGAGAGGAAGAAAUCCUUGCUCGGACUCGGCGAGAAACCUGCUGUUUCAAAGGUGCUGUAUUCCUUUAUGUUUGAUUACAUGCUGCUCCCUUAUGGUUCCCAUCCUAGUCUCAAGUCUCCUGAGGUUAAGGAAUCUCAGGUUCCUGCUGGUCUGUCUGAUUAUGGUUGGAAGAGAGUAUCCGGAGAGACUCCUAUACCAGCAGAGCAGCUGGAAACAACCAAAACCGGCCUCGUCAAGUUCCUGGGGUCUGGCCUCUUGCCAGAGAUGGAGGUUGCGAUACAUCUGCUAGUAGCGGCCUCUGAUACUAGGCAUAUGGUGGCAUCCGCCGCAGAUUCGGAAAACCGUAAGCUCGGCGGAGUGAUUGAUUGGAAUGAUCCAGACUUAGUCCGGAAAUUGUAUUCGCUUUUCUUAGGAACACUAGUUAUUAAGGAUCGUCCGACGGUUAAACCGGAGCAUAAACGGCAGCCGUCGAAUACAAGAAUUCGUCUGAAGUUGAUGCCGGUGCUGAUUAAAUCUAGAGAGGCGGCCGUACAGUUUCCUUCUUGUAUUCAGGUGACUUUUGACCUUCUGUUCGGAACGAGUGGUAACUCUAACCCUAAACUGAAGAUGAUGGCUGUUCAGUUUGUUCAUCAAAUUAUUCACCAUUGUCCUGAAAACAGACUAAGUCCUAUCGGAGCUGUGAUAUUAACUGCUUUAACCCGCCUUGUAACUGAAGAAAAGGAUAAUCCAAAACUUAGAGGAUCUUGUUAUGUUGCUGUAGGUAAACUUGGCUUAAAAAUUCCUAGUCUGGUGAACAAGGAUAUGACGAUGAUAACAAAGUUCUUCGACGGGAUGUCCACAGAGGAUUCAGACACUCAGCUUAGUCUUAGGGAAGCCCUCGGUAUAAUGACACCAGCCUUCAGAGCUAUAGACUCGGAAAACAAAAAGUAUAUAGAGGCGAUGCUAGCUACCUAUAUAGAGAAGGAUGGGGUUCAGGUCAAACUGGUCACAAUUCAGUACGCUUCGGACGUCUUCCCUCAUGAUAAUGUUGCAACAAGGUACACCCUACUACUGGGGGCAGGAGAUAAGAAGGAUGAAGUGGCAACCGCAGCUAGAAAUGCUCUUUACUCUGCUAUAAGGAGGGCAAAUAAUCAGGACAAUGGUAUCUUGAAGACUAAGAAGCUAGGAAGUGAGGCCUUGUUGCCUGAUUUCCUGCAGAUCUUGAGCUACGUGAUGGACAAGGCGGGAAUACGAAUGAAGAGUUCGUACAAGCAAGUUGUUGGAAGUGUUACUAUCCCUUUCUCAAUCAAAACAGGUUCUGAGGUAUGUGAUUAUGUCAGGUUAUGUCUAUGGAACUCCUCUGGUGUACUCCCUGACCCCGAAUACCUGGCUGAACCACAGCAUGAGGCACCAACAGUAGCGAGAUAUUUGAACAAGCUGGUCGGAGAUGGAUCUGGAAAGAAAAAAGAUAUUCUAUUCAAAUUUGCAGAUUUAGUUGAGAAGAUGAUGACAGGACAGCCCAAUAUGCCUCCUGCUCUCGCCCUUCUUCAUCUUAUCGGUGUUGCGCCCAAGGAACUGGGGUCAAGAUGGACUGGAAAGAUGGAUUGGUUGAGAGGGUUACUGUCCAACACGAGGGAGGAGUUGAGGGAGACGGUGGCGAGCAUCUACGGAUUGGUGGCCGGGAACCUCGACAAGGAGGACUUCGAGCGUAUCUUGAAGGAUUUGUCUCGGGGGUUCAAGGAGAAGCAGCUGGAGCUCCAGCACGGGGUUCUACUGGCUCUAGGACAUUCAUUUGGUCGGAGAAUACUUCUCAGCCGGGUUAACAACCAACUGAUCAAUAUUCAGGAUUGGAGUCUGUUUCGUGAUAGCUGUAUGCUGAUCAUAAACCAGCUGGAGGCUGCUCAGAACCUCCUGAUUACUGGAGGCUGUCUAGCCUUGUCAGAGAUAUCACGCUGCAGUCCUCUACCUCUGGAGGAUACAGGAGAUGAAGCAAAGCUGGACAACAAGCUUGGACUGGUUGAGAAGUUACUGAGUAUCCUGCGCUCGGUCAAGAUGAACAUGAAGGUCCGUGAACGUGCUGCAAGUGCGCUUGGUAACCUUUGUCUUGGUGAGGCCAGAUUUCCACACCGAAGGCUGAUGAUGGAAAAAUUCCUUGAGGCGGCGCAGGAGAUUAAAGAUAUUGAACUUCACUUCAGUAUUGGAGAAGCUUUGGUCCACUGUGCUCUUGGACCUCGAUCUCCUGAUGCUAGGAAUGUCUGGACUGUUCAGAAGGAAGACUAUGUUCCUCUGGAGACAGUUGAGGAAGCUGACCUUGUUUGGUUGGUGGAUCGCUUAACCGGUCAUCUGACCCAAUCAACACAUCCUAACUUGAAGCAGGCGGGGUGCUUGUGGCUACUUGCUAUUACCAAGCAUUGCACUGGAGAAGAAGCUGUGAAAUCUCAACUUCUGCGCAUUCAGUCUGCGUUCAUGUCUCUUCUGGGAGACAACAACGACCUGGUCCAAGAUGCUGCUAGUAAAGGAAUUGCUAUUGUGUAUGAGAGCUGUAGUGAAGAUCAGCAGGAGAAGAUGGUAGGUAACCUACUGGACACGCUCUUGGGAAGUGGGAAGAAGGAGGUAAAUAAGGUGAAUGAGAACACAAAGGUGUUCCAGGAAGGGGAAAUGGGUAAAAAUCCUGUAACAGGUGGAAACUUGUCAACCUACAAGGAACUGUGUAGCCUGGCAACUGACAUGGGUCAACCUGACCUUGUGUACAAGUUUAUGCAUCUAGCAAACUACAAUGCUACCUGGAACUCCAGGAAGGGAGCCGCAUUUGGCUUCUCAUCUAUAGCCUCCCUAGCAGGAGCACAGCUUGAAGAGCAUCUACCCAAGAUCAUACCAAAACUUUACAGAUAUCAGUUUGAUCCAACUCAAAGGAUUCAACAAUCAAUGUCUGCCAUCUGGUCUGCCCUUGUGCCAGAGACCACGAAGACGGUGGACAAGUAUUUGCCUGAGAUACUUGCAGAACUUCAGAAAGAACUGACCUCGCCACAGUGGCGGGUUCGUGAGUCUUGUUGUACUGGCAUAACUGAUAUUCUUCGCGGAAGAACCUUGGAUAGUUGUACCGACACCUUGUCCCUCCUCUGGUCUGACAUUUUCAGGGUUAUGGAUGACAUUAAAGAAUCGGUUAGAGUUGCAGCAUUUAAAGCCGCGCAGAGUUUAACUCGGGUGUCCAUCAAGAUGUGUGAUAUCUCAUCAGGAGCUAAGUCUGGAGAGAACGCAAUCAAAGCAAUUCUGCCACCACUGAUGAACAAUGGACUUGCUUCCAGUGUCACUGAAGUCAAAGCUAUUUCUAUCGCCACCCUGAUGAAGAUUACUAAGUCAGCAGGUCCCCUCCUAGGUCCACAUCUUCAUAUCCUGAUCCCUGCCCUCCUUGAGGCUACUAGUGAGGUUGAAGGGAGUGAGAUUAGUUAUCUUUCAACUAAACUAGGCGUGGAUGCGGACAUGCAGGAGAAGCUGGAUUCAGCUAGGAUUGCUGCCAUUACUGCUCAUCCAACUAUGGAGUGUGUAACCUUCGUUUUGCAGUAUGUAAACGCGUCCAACCUUGAACAACUUGUCCCCCGCCUGGUUGAUCUGAUCAAGUCCUCCCCUGGACUUGUAACCAAGGGUGGUACUGCUGCUGUGGUGAAUAAUCUGACCCACCAGUGCCCCAUUGAUCUUCAACCAUACACAGGCAAACUACUCUCGGCACUUGUUUCUGGGCUAUCUGAUCGGAAUCCAGCGGUGCGUAUGGUUUACGCAAAAUCAAUUGGACAGCUGAUGCGUACAGCUAAGGAUACGAGCAAGGAAAAGCUGUUUGCUAAGCUGAAAACCUGGUAUAUGGAGAAGGAGGAUGAUGUGAGCAAAGCUGCAGUAGCAUACACCUUCCAGGGAAUCAAUCGCUACAGCCCUGAUGUGAUGAAGAGCUACGCAAGCGUGGCGAUGCCAAUAGCGUUCCUAGCGAUGCAUGAGGAAAAGCGUGUUGAAGGAGGAGGACUACAGGAAGUGUGGGAGGAAGUAUGGAACGAAGGAACACCAGGAAGUGAGGGAGGGAUUAGACUUUACUUAUCAGAGAUAAUGGACAUACUUCCUAAGGCUCUUGAAUCUGGACAGUGGACUGUGAAGGCCCAAGCUGUCAGGGCAAUGGGAACUGUUGCAACUAAGCUUGGAGGAACCAUCAAUCCACAGGUUCAGAGAAAGAUUGCAACAAUGUUGGUGAAUGCUUUGGCUGGAAGAACUUGGACAGGGAAGGAGUGUGUUAUCAGGUCCCUGGUAGAUCUGGUUGUGUGUGGAGAGGAUACAGUGGGUACUAAUCUCCAGGGUAGAGCAGAACAGGCUUCAGUUCAAUCUAUGCUAGAUGCUCUUUUCAAGGAAUGUAAGAAGGAGAAAGUAGAAUACAGAGUUGUAGCUCUCACCUCUACAGCUACUAUUCUACAACAUCUUAAUUUAGAUAUGUUCAAGGAGCUGUACAGUAUUGUAUCUGAGCACCUCCCUAAGCCCAAGGAGGAUAAUGAGAAGGAGAAUGAGAAAGAGAAAGAGGAAGAGGAGGAUAAGGAUGAAAGGAACAAAGAUCUAAUCCUUCAAGAGGCAAUCUUGUCUUCUCUUGGGCUAGCUUGGCCAGACAAUAUAGAAACACAAAAUGCGUAUAUUGUGUUGUUGUUGAACCAGCUGGAGAUGUUGGUUGGGAACACUACCAGGAGGAACCAGGAGACCCUGGCUGUAUCCCUCGGCAGAAUAAUUGAUAAAUAUCGAGUUCCCGCAGAUGUAAACUCGUCACAGGAGAGUCUAGAACAGACUGAGACGGUUCUGACCAAGACAGCUCAGCUCCUCUCCGCUCUUCUCCUUAUACCAAAAUUUGAGAAGCUCAGAAUUCAGACACUUAAGGUGUUGAGUAAGGUUGUAAAGGUUCUAGUGGACUGCAAGAGAGCCUCCCUGGUUUACCUCUUCAGGGACGAGAUCAGCAAGAGCCUCGACGGCGUCAUCAAGGACCUCGCCUCAGAUCCCGCCACCAAGACCACCGCCAGGGAUCUGAAAACCGCCAUCAACGCAAUCCAACCCGCCGACGUUAAGGCGUAAGAUGACGAUCCAAAAAUUAAUAAUCUAUCGAUGAAAUAAGUUAAAAGUGAUAUCAAAUUAUAUUAAUUAUGUAUUGAUAUAAAAAAGCCGAAUUGUUAUUUUUUUAUUAUUCGUCUUAUAGGAUGAAUUUUAGAUAGUUUUGGAUGUUAUUAUUUCCAAAUUUUUAAAUGAAUUCGCCUUACAUCUGGUCUUAUACACAGUGAUGCUGCACUAGUAUAUUUGUGAUCAGCUGUUCUAAAUUUGCAAUUCUACCAAUAUGUGAUCUAGAAAUUAUUUAAGGUCAUCGUAAUUAACAAUUCGUAUUUAUUAAAUCCUAAUCAUUUCUUA